AUUUUCAGAAAAUUAGAAUGAUUGAGGCUGAGGGGCUUAUUUGGUAUUAUAUUUCUAAUCCAAACCUUUCUUCUUUGAUCUCCCUGCCCAUUGUACCCGAAAAGAAAUCUCUUUCUCCCACUGCUAAUUAGGUUUUACGAAUUCCUGACGACAUUUAAGGAAUUUCAAUGAGUGAAGCCAUCUCAGUUCUGUUUUUGAGUUGGAGUUUAUGAGUUCAAAAUGAUUAAUGAAGAAGUCUUGAAGGCUGUUUUCCCUUUAUUGGAGGCUGUGGACCUUGCUUCUUGUAUGAGAGUAUGUGGGCAAUGGAAGGAUAUUGCCUUAGAAGAUUACUUUUGGAAAUGCUUGUGUGCCAAGAAGUGGCCUUCAAUUUGCAAAAAACCCAAACCUCCCACUGUAACAUACUAUAAGCUGUAUAAAUCCUUUCAUAAGCGGCCACAGAAUCGAAUUCUUCCUCCUCCAAGGAUUUCCUUUGAUAACUUGGAAUUUUACAUUGACAUAUGGAUUGAGGAUCGAUUAAUCUUCUCAGAAGCAGUUCCAGGUACUGCCCUCCAGUUGGGUUUUAAGAUCUUGCCAUCAGGAAUCUGUGACAAGCUUAGAACUUACUUAGAUGGCCCUGACUACAAGAUGACACUUCCUGUUGAACCAAGAUUUACAGUUCCUGUGUGUCAGACUGUUAGUGUUUCUGUGCUUGUUGGACGCAAAGAUUCUAAUAAGGUUGCUUGUAUAAUUAAUAAAUCUAUGUUUGAUUAUAUUGAUCGGACAGCAUUUAGGGCCAUGGCAUUUGACUACCUUGAGUUUGCUCCUGUGUACCCUUUUUCUUCGAGCAUCCGGGCAUGGAUCUCUUUGCUUUUUAUGGAAGAUGGAAGCAGCGAAGGCAAUGAUGGUGCCCUUGAUGUUUUCGGGAUUCAAAUGGAUUUCUGUGAUGCUGCAAAUUCCAAGGAGGAAGUUUUGUGGCUAUUGGACAUGCUUGAUUGGAAGUGAAGUGUUGAAUUGUAUAUAGACUAUGGAAGAGUGCUUUCGAAAAGGUCAUAAGAUGCUGCUCUCUUCUCUGUUUGUGUCUGUACAUCAUAUUACUUAUCGAAUAUGAAAAUUGUUGUUAUAUUAUCAUUUUAGUCUCCCCAAUAGGGAGUACCAAUAAUCUGUCUGGAGUUGACUGAAUUUUUCUUGUACCAAACUAUGUUCUAUGUUAGAAUAAUUUGUCUACGCCUAUAUGGGAUUGCAGAA